GUAUGCAUAUUUUAUUUCAAUUUGUUGAUUACUUUAGAAUUGAGUUCCAAAAUAAGACCCACACAUAACACCUACAUACAUUGGAAGUUAAAAAAGAGCGCUUAAAACAGUGUUAUUCAAAUUUCUGUACUUAGGUGCUACUUCUGGAAGCGGGUCCUGAACAGCCAGAUGUGACCCUGAUCCCAGCUCUGCGUCCGACCCUGGGGGGCUCCAACAUCGACUGGAGUUUCUCCACGGAGCCGAACGGGAAAAGCUGUCUCGCACGACCAGGACAACGCUGCGAGUUGCCCGGUGGUAAAGUCAUGGGAGGUAGCAGUUCCAUCAACUCCAUGUCAUACAUACGAGGAAAUAGGGCCGAUUACGACGGAUGGGCUGCCCUGGGCAACCCUGGGUGGAGUUAUGAAGAGGUUCUACCAUUCUUCAAGAAAUCCGAACGCAAUUUGGACUACGGGGGCAUGGACAGGACAUAUCACGGUGCAGACGGUGAACUAUCUAUAUCAAGAUACCCUUAUAUAGAUGACCCUGCCAUAAUGUUAACCGAAGCUUUUAACGAAGGUGGUUUACCGUUAGUAGACUACAAUGGCGCCCAACAAGUUGGCACCAAUCAGGCCCAGUCUACUGUCGAAAAUGGAAUGAGGGUAUCAACAAAUAACGCUUUCAUACAACCAAUCAGAUAUAGAAGAAAAAACCUUACAGUUAAACCUAACUCUGAGGUUAUUAAAAUACUUAUAGACGAGGAUAAAAAUGCUUAUGGUGUGCAAUUCAUAAGAAACGGAAAGAUAUAUAAAGCUCAUGCUAGGAAAGAGGUCAUUAUUAGUGCAGGUUCUUUAAACAGUCCAAAGCUGUUGAUGCUUUCAGGUAUUGGUCCCAGCGACCACUUACACAAUUUGCACAUCGACUUAGUGCAAGAUUUAGCUGUUGGUGAAAAUUUGCAUGACCAUCCUACUUUCAACGGAUAUGUUAUUGCGCUUUCUAAUAGAACGGCGACGCUUGCAAGUCAGAGACAGAUUUUAGGUACAGUGCAAGCUUUCAAAUAUGAUGAAAUAAAGAACGGACCUCUCUCGGCCAAUGGUCCAGUCAAUUCUAUAUCUUUUCUAAAGUCCGAACCACAUUUAAAAGAACCAGAUGUUAAAUUCCAAAUGGACAUCACCAUCUGGGAAGAAUUUGUAAAGGAACCUACCAUUGCUGAUUCCAUACCGAUACUUCCUAAUGCGUUUUACAACGGUAUCAUACCUCGAACGGAGAAUUUAGUUCCUAAAAGUAGAGGGAAACUAUUACUGAACUCAUCUAAUCCCUACGGAAAUCCCCGAGUACACGCGAACUACUUCGGCGAUUUGGAAGACUUACUUCCUCUCGUGAGAGGAGCAAGAUUCCUCUUGUCAUUAGAAAAUACUCAUGCGUUUAGGUCUAGAGGAGCAUAUUUUGUAAGGCAGUCUUUGGAUGCUUGUAAGCAUCUAAAAUGGGGAUCUGAUGAUUAUACAAUAUGUGUGGCGCAGUCUUACACUUCUUCGACCUAUCAUCCUGUGGGAACUUGCAAAAUGGGCCCUGAAACAGAUAGGAAGGCUGUGGUUGACCCGAGAUUAAGAGUGUAUGGUAUUAAUGGGCUUAGAGUUAUUGACGCAUCUAUUAUGCCAAUUAUUCCCAGGGGCAACACGAAUGCUCCUACAAUUAUGAUCGCAGAGAAAGGUGCCGCAUUUGUUCUUGAAGAUUGGCAUAGGAGUUUUUUAUAAUUUGCUUUGCAUUUACC